AGUUACAAUUCAGAGAUCACGCAGAAUCGGGUGGAGACCAACAGCCGACACAGGAACAGCACGAGCGAUCAAUAGCGUUUCUAAAUUGUUUAGGGAAGAUUUCGUUGUUUUGCCUCUCUGGUUUCUUUCCAGAAGCAGCGCGCAAAAGCUGAAAGGGCUAUAGCAUAGCCAACCGGUCAACCCGAUCACAUUUUCAGUUUUGUUUUGGCUGCCAACAGCUGCCAAUAUGUCUUUUUAAUGCGUGAUGGGGCACCUGUAAUCGCCGGCAUGCACAGUACAAGGCAAGAAGUACCCAAUUCCAUCUUCACAACUGCUAAGCAGUUGGGCUCCGUCCGCGGUAUCGCGGUGAGCCAGCCUAUACCUCUUCUUCUUGAUCGAAGGAAAAAAACAUAGGGGGAUAUUUCCUCGACCUACGAUACCCUUUUGUCAACCUUUUUUGAACCAGCCAAACGCAAAUCCACGAUGAAACCUCAAGAUAUCUUAUCGGGAAAGAUGACCAGCCUAUGGAUCUUCGGCUAUGGUUCAUUGGUAUGGAAGCCAGACUUCAAGUACAAGAGAAGCAAGGUUGGUUACAUCUCUGGCUACAAAAGACGUUUCUGGCACGGAGACAACUUCCAUCGCGGUGACGAUGAAAUGCUCGGAAGAGUGGUGACGCUCAUCGAAGAUGAUGACGUGUGCACAUGGGGCGCGGCCUUUGAGGUGGUUGGCGCCCAGAUGGAGGAGUGCCUGAAGUACCUGAACGUGAGGGAGGCAGUGUGCGGGGGCUACGUCACCAAGGUGGUGGACUUCUUCCCCCGUGGUCAAGAGGAGGCGCCCGUUCCCGCCCUGGUUUACAUUGCCACCACUGACAACCCCAUCUACCUGGGGCCAGCCACUCCUGAAGAGAUCGCCGCUCAGAUCAUUGUGUGCAAAGGCAAAUCGGGCCACAACAUCGAGUACCUGCUUCGUCUGGCGGAGUUCAUGAGGACCUCCUGCCCAGAUGUGGAGGACACCCACCUGUUCUCCAUCGAAGCUGCUGCCCUGGCCCUUUUGCCAAUGCUAUUGCAAUGACUGUUCUGCAUCUGCAUGUUGUGUAGGCUACAGGUAGAUCUUGUAACGGUUUGCUGUAGUGCGAUGCUUGCAUACUCUGCACUUUUCAUCCAAGAUAUGAUUUGAAAGCCAUGUUUUUCUUUUUAACAUGUGUAAUCUUGAUGUGUACACUACAGAUGGAUAUUGUAACGGUUUGGUGUGUGUUGCUUGUUUGUACUCUGCACUUCCGUCCAAGAUGUGGGUUUUAAUGUCAGUGCAUUGGCACUUUCAGAUUUGUUAAGCCAUGUUGGAACUUGAUGUUUCUUUUUCAUUCGGUGCAUUAAAAUCUGUUUUGCCAAAAUAAAAGCAAAAUGAUGAAUCA